UGCAGCAGUGAGACAACAUGGCUGCUAAACAAGCCGGUGAAGAGUGCAGGGACGGGCGGUCCGAGGACCAGCGGGGGGGAUUCCUGGUGAAGAUCAGGGAGUUCAAACCAAAGGAGGUUUUCACCUGGCAGCUCGCCAAAACGCUGGCGAUGGGUCAGGGUCUGGCUGCGCUCAUCUGUGGUACCGCGGUCUCCUCUCAGUACCUGGCCGCCGAGUUUCACCUGAACACUCCGAUGCUGCAGAGCUUCCUGAACUACACGCUGCUGUGCGCCACCUAUACGAGCAUGAUGAUCUGCAGGAGAGGGGAUGGAAAUAUCUUGCAGAUCCUUAAGAGAAGAUGGUGGAGGUACUUACUGCUGGGUCUGGUGGACGUGGAGGCCAACUACACCGUGGUCAAAGCCUAUCAGUACACCACCCUCACCAGCGUCCAGUUGCUGGACUGCUUUAUUAUUCCGGUCCUAAUGAUUCUGUCCUGGUGGAUCCUGAAGACCCGGUACAGACUGAUCCACUAUGUGGCCGUCUGCCUCUGUCUGCUGGGAGUCGGGGCCAUGGUGGGCGCCGACCUGCUGGCUGGAAGAGACCAGGGCUCCACCUCCAACAUCUUAUUAGGAGACGGUUUGGUUCUGCUCAGUGCUGCUUUGUACGCGGUGUCUAAUGUGGCUCAGGAGUACACAGUGAAGAACCUGAGCAGAGUGGAGUUCCUGGGGAUGAUUGGCCUGUUUGGGACCGUCAUUAGCACCGUCCAGAUGGUUAUCCUGGAGCGCAAUGAGUUGUCCAAUAUUAUCUGGAGCUGGCAAGUUGGGCUUCUGCUUGCUGCAUAUGCUCUGUGCAUGUACGCGCUGUACAGCUGCAUGCCCAUAGUGAUGAAGCUGAGCAGCGCCACCUCAGUCAAUCUCUCGCUGCUCACCGCUGACCUCUUCAGCCUCUUUUGCGGGAUCUUCCUCUUCCAGUACAACUUCUCCGGACUCUACCUGGUCUCUCUUGUGGUCAUCCUCAUCGGCUUCAUUGUCUUCAAUGCUGUGCCGACACCCACCGCCACGUGCAUCUCUUCUUCCUCUUCCUCAAUCUGCGAAGAAGGCUGCUAUGAGAAUCCUGGAGCGACUGAGGAUGACUCCAACAGAGAUGAAGAUCCAGGAAGGAUCCCCACUGAGGUAGAGGAAGAGGAUGAAGAGCUGCGAACGGAUAAAAUGGAUUCAUCACAAAGCGUUGAUCAGAGCACAAAAAUGUGAAUAGCUCAAGUGUUUUAAUUUGUGUUGGUGUGCACUGAACCUUGUUUGGUUUAGUCUGUCUCCGUCUCCCAGCACCCUGAAAAUAGUUAAAUCAAAGUAUAAAAAUGAUGGCUGCAUACAAAAUAUUGGUAGUUAUUUAAAAAACAAACAAAAAAACAGAAAAGAGACAGGCCUGUUGUGGAUUUUGACCCAGAAAUAUAUAAAUUUUCAUAAGACAGUUUGCACCAAUAAGGUUAUGUCAACUUAUUUUUCUGCAUGUUUGCAUACAUUCAUCAUAUGUUUUUUA